CCUCCCGCAUCCCGUCGUGCCGCGCGUCCCGGAAGUAGUGGUCGCCAUGGAGGAGGACGAGCCGGAGCUGGGGGCUGAGCUGGAGGCGGCUCUGGAGCUCGCACCCGCCGUGCAGGCCGCGAUCGAGCAGGUAUUUCCCAGCCAAGAUCCCCUGGACAGAGCAGAUUUCAACGCUGUAGAGUAUAUCAACACUCUCUUUCCUACUGAGCAAUCUUUGGCAAACAUCGAUGAAGUUGUGAACAAAAUCCGAUUGAAAAUAAGGAGGUUGGAUGACAACAUUCGAACGGUAGUGAGAGGACAGACCAACGUGGGACAGGAUGGCAGACAGGCCCUGGAAGAAGCCCAGAAAGCCAUUCAACAGCUCUUUGGUAAAAUUAAGGAUAUUAAAGACAAGGCUGAAAAAUCAGAACAAAUGGUUAAAGAAAUCACACGGGAUAUCAAGCAGCUGGAUCAUGCCAAGCGGCAUCUGACCACCUCCAUCACCACCCUCAAUCACCUGCACAUGCUGGCGGGGGGAGUGGAUUCCCUGGAGGCUAUGACCAGGAGGAGACAAUAUGGAGAAGUUGCCAACCUUCUCCAAGGUGUCGUGAAUGUGUUGGAGCACUUCAACAAAUACAUGGGGAUUCCUCAGAUUCGACAGCUUUCCGAAAGGGUGAAGGCAGCGCAGAAUGAGUUGGGUCAGCAGAUCCUGGCUGACUUCGAGGAAGCCUUUCCUUCUCAAGGUACAAAGAGGCCUGGUGGACCCAGUAAUGUCCUACGUGAUGCGUGUCUUGUCGCCAAUGUCCUGGAUCCCAGAAUCAAACAGGAAAUCAUCAAGAAAUUCAUUAAACAGCACCUCUCGGAGUAUCUGGUCCUCUUCCAGGAAAACCAAGAUGUGGCCUGGCUGGAUAAGAUUGACAGGCGCUAUGCUUGGAUAAAGCGUCAGCUGGUGGACUACGAGGAGAAGUACGGGCGGAUGUUUCCCCAGGAGUGGUGCAUGACGGAGCGCAUUGCUGUGGAGUUCUGCCAUGUCACAAGGACUGAGCUUGCUAAGAUAAUGCGAACAAGAGCAAAGGAAAUUGAGGUGAAAUUGCUUUUGUUUGCAAUUCAGAGAACAACCAACUUUGAAGGACUUCUAGCCAAACGCUUCUCAGGUUGCACUCUCACUGAUGGGACAGUGAAGAAGCCAGAAGUGCCGCCUCCCUCUACCAACCCGUUUCUGGAAGAUGAAGCUGGGACAGAGACAGAUGAGAUUGUGAUUGAGAAAAGCGAUACGGACAAACCAAAGAAGCCAAAGGUCCCUGACAAUCCUUUCCAUGGCAUUGUUUCCAAGUGCUUUGAGCCUCACCUUUAUGUGUAUAUCGAGUCCCAGGACAAAAAUCUCAGCGAACUGAUUGACAGGUUUGUGGCCGACUUCAAGGCUCAAGGUCCUCCCAAGCCCAACGUGGACGAAGGAGGAGCCGUCCUGCCCAGCUGUGCCGACCUCUUUGUGUACUACAAGAAGUGCAUGGUACAGUGCUCCCAGCUCAGCACGGGCGAGCCCAUGAUAGCCCUGACCACCAUAUUCCAGAAGUACCUUCGGGAAUACGCCUGGAAAAUUCUAUCUGGAAACCUGCCCAAGACAACUAGCAGCAGUGGUGGGCUCACCAUCACCAGUUUGCUGAAAGAAAAAGAGGGCUCUGAAGUGGCUAAGUUUACUUUAGAAGAGCUUUGCCUCAUUUGCAGCAUCCUCAGCACUGCAGAGUAUUGCUUGGCAACCACCCAGCAGCUGGAAGAGAAACUCAAAGAAAAAGUGGAUGCGAGUCUAGUGGAGAGGAUCAACCUGACAGGAGAGAUGGACACUUUCAGCAUUGUGAUCUCAAACAGCAUCCAGCUGUUGGUGCAGGACCUGGAUGCAGCCUGUGACCCUGCCCUGACUGCUAUGAGCAAGAUGCAGUGGCAGAACGUGGAACACGUUGGUGACCAGAGUCCUUAUGUCACCUCAGUGAUUCUCCACAUUAAACAGAACGUCCCCAUCAUCCGCGACAACCUGGCCUCCACGAGAAAGUAUUUCACCCAGUUCUGUAUAAAAUUUGCAAACUCCUUCAUUCCCAAGUUCAUUAAUCAUCUCUUCAAAUGCAAACCUAUCAGCAUGGUGGGUGCAGAACAGCUGCUACUGGACACCCACUCUCUGAAGAUGGUUCUCCUGGAUCUGCCCUCCAUUGGGUCCCAAGUGGUGAGGAAGGCUCCUGCCAGCUACACGAAGAUAGUGGUGAAAGGCAUGACUCGGGCUGAAAUGAUCCUGAAGGUGGUUAUGGCUCCACACGAGCCCCCAGUUGUGUUUGUCGACAAUUAUAUCAAGCUCCUUGCUGACUGCAGCACGGACACCUUCCAGAAGAUACUGGACAUGAAGGGCCUGAAGAGGAGUGAGCAAAGCAGCAUGCUGGAGCUCUUCCGACAGCGCCUCCCGGCUCCUCCCUCUGGAGUGGAGAACACCGGCUCCCUCUCGCUGAGCGCUCCCACGCCUGAGCAGGAGUCCUCUCGGAUACGGAAACUGGAGAAACUCAUCAAAAAAAGACUCUAAGUGAGCAGAAGGAAACUGUUGCUCAGGCCUAGCUGCAGUGACUGGGAUCAAAGUUCAUCAAUUUACAAUGUGCUGCUGAAAAAAAUCUGUGUCCCAUCUCUCCUAUGCCCUGUGAUCUCUUAACCAUUGUAAACCAUGGCACUGUAUCUCUGUUCAGACCAAGGGAGGAUCGGACCAGGAUGUUUGCCCUUAGACAGAUUAGCAGGAUGUCACCCAGGACAGGACUGGUCCAUAUCGUGGAGGAAAUAGAGGUGUCUGGGCGUCAGCAGCUACAAAAAUGGUUUAGGUGGAUUAAGAGAGUAUCUGGCUGUGAUUCACUUGGUGUCCCAGCCUUCAGCCUGGCUGAGCUCUUGCUGCAACACUGAGGAUUUUGUCUGAGAGUUUGGUGUUACCGCGCACUCCCUGUUGCAGAGCUGUUCCUCUGCUUCUUUAUUUAUUAUUAGGUGGGGAAACCAACCCCAAACCAUCACCACCACAAAAAGAAACGCAGCCCUUUAACAGCUGGGAUGCAGGUAUCUGCAGCUCCACUGAAUUAAUGAGCUGCCCAAAAGAAAACUCCAAAGCAGAUUUCUCCUGUGCUCCCCAGACAGGCAUGUGUAAACCAAAGGCAAGUCCUUUUCAGACCAGGAGGAAAAGGCUGAAUUAAUGCCUAGUGCACCUUGGUGAGCCUCCUGCCAACAAGCCAGCAGCCUCAGUCGCUGUUACAGCUUAAAGGCCAAACCAGACAUCUGCAGAGCCCAUCUCCAGCUGCUCGUUAUUUCUCUCGGGUGUGCUGGACUCGCCCGCUGUCACCGAUGGGAGUUCCCAUACCGCCUCUCACCCUCUCUCAACAACGAGCCAUUCAUGGGAGCGGUUUGUGUCUGCGCCCUGCCCGUUGUGUGAGCUUCCUUGAAGAGUCUCAGUGCGGGGAGACAUCGCCUCGUCCUUGGCCAUGCUGGAUUUCUUCCCAGACUCCUUUCUACCCUUUUUGUGGGGCUUUGAAGACAUAUGCCCGACUAUGAACAAUUGCAUCCCGUAUGGGCUUAGGGGCAGAUCGACCACUUGUGCCUGCUUUAUUUUAACUCAAGCUUCACUUUGUAUGCGUAGGAAAAAGAAGUCCUGGGAUGAUCUGAUGGUCGCACCAUCAGUUUGCUUCUUGGGAAGGUCGUUGCCCCCACCACAACAACUUUGGGCCUUAGAACUGCAUUUGUUAGGGACUGUGCUCCUUAGGAAUUGUAGUACUCGCUGCUGCACAUCUGGGAGGGAGGAUCAGAAACAUUCCAGGAAAAUGAGCUCUGUCCACCCAAACCCAGAGCUUCACUGGAACUGGGGAGGGAGGAGGUGGAAUGAGAAAUCCCUGAGCAAGGCAGAACCUGGGCUCACGCUGUGUCUGCCUUUGUGCUUCAGUGCUGUCUCCUCUUUGGCACAGGCUGCUCUCCUUCCCUCUUCUCAGCCCUGCAGCAGCAGGAGGGCAGAUUUUGUGCCUAGUUGGUAAAAUCCCACCUUCCUUUUGCACGGUCAGUAGGUGGGUCUGCACUUGCGCAGGCAGGAGUUGAUCCUAGGCUUUGAGCAGAGAGAACAAAUCCACAGAGAUGAAAUCCUCCCUGGCCAGGUUUUCUAACGCUGUUCAGCCUGACGUGCUGCUGCAGCGAGUGCACACUAAUAGGUACGCUAACUCCUUAGGAUGUAUUUCCAGGGGUCCCCAGGCUUUUCCCUGGCUGUGCCGUGUGAGCGCUCAGCUGUAGAGAGCCGAUGGCCAUUGCAGAGCAGCAGUAACAACACUUGUGGACAGGGAUGACAGUUUCUCAUCACUCCAAUUUUACAAAUCUUCCCCCACAUCUGCUGCUGCUUUAUUUAUUUCCUCUCUUGUUUACACCUCAGGUGACAAAAGAAGAAACGGUGGCUGAAAGUGCGUUGGGAUUACGAACAGCCAUUCCCCAAGGACACAUGAUAAGGUGCAUGUGAGAGUGGUUCACACCAUAUCAAAUGCAAAAGCUGGGGAGAAGGGAACACAGGUUUGCAGAUUCAUUGUUCCCGAGGGGGGAGAUGAAUAAUUUAUUGUAGAUUAAUUUUUCUUUUCUCUCUCUCUCUCUCUGUAUAAAUGACUCUAAAUUAUGAAUAGCUGGAGACAAUAUUCAAGGCAUCAUCAUGUGUAUUUCCCUAAAGGCUUCCCCUAUUUCAUUCUCUGAAUUUCACUCUGGAGAUAAAAUUCAUUUUUCCUUUUAUUUCCUCUUUAGUUUUAGCCUUUGAAGAACGCUACAGGUCUGGGUGCUUGGAGUUCCACUAUUGGAGUGCAAGUUAGCAGCUUCCACAUUUGCUAUACGGGUUUUGCCCCCCCCCUCCCCGGCUCUAUCAGAUUUGGCAUAUCUGUGUGCGAACCUUAGCGGUUUGGGGUUUGUAUCUCCAGGGAAUAAAGGAUGAUUUUUUUUCCUCUGUAUAAAAUGCUACUUUUUAUGGUUUUUUUGCGGAGGCAUAAUUCUGGCUGUAUAUUGGACUGUGACACUAAAAUGAAUUAAAUG